AUGCCUGUCCGCUUCCCACAUAUCCAUGGCGGUGAUCAUGGCAUCAGGGCAAUUACAGUUGAUAUGUGUCUGAAAUGGGCGCCAGCCAGGAGUUUGCGUGAUUGCCGUAAUGGAUCGCAGCAAUGUGGAACAAUUGCAGGGACCCAGCCCACUCUCCAACACCACAUGCGCGAGGCUCACCCUGGAGCCA